CACGAGUGUACCAUUGUCUUCAUUUAUUUAUGCUAAUCAAUCGUAACCUAUAUCAUACGAGUGCUGUGUUUUGAUUAAAUAGUCGGGCUUUUUAUGGUUUAAAUAUUUAUGAGAAUUAAGUGAAAGCAGCAUAAGUAUGGAACCAAUACAGAAAAAAAGUAUUUCCUUGCCUAUUGUGCCCACGAGUUUGCCACUGAGCUCCCCCAGGAGUCCGGGUGCGGCGGGGGCAUAUGUUCAGCAAGAAGCAGACACAGAGGCCGGGUCCGAACCCAAGGGCAAGUCGUUCUUUACACUUGGCAAGAAGAAGAAGGACAAGAAGCGGGAAAUACAGCGACUGACGGACGAAAACCAUGACCUCGAAAUCAAGGUGGAAAUAGCGGAAAGGAUCAACGACGAGUUGCUGGAACGCAUGCAAAACCUAGUGAGAGAUCAUCCCUACAAGGACUUGAUCAAUUUACAUGGCAGCAAUGUGCAGAUCGGUACAAAUAAUACAAUCUACACGGUGGGAGACAUCGAAGCUGUAUUGGAGGAUGUUGAAAACCUCGCGGACAAACUGACAUCCGCCAUAGAGGAGAACACGGCAGCCAGGUCCAUGGCCGAAAACAAACUACGCAAUGCUGAGAUUCAACUGAAAGAGAUUACAUAUUCGCUAGAAGGCUGUAAAACCAUGCUUGCCAAGAUGGAUACGAAGUCAGUAAAGAACAUGGACAAUUUAAAGUCGCUGCUGGAGGGUCUGUGCAAAGACCGGUCUGACGAGGCUGUCUUAAAGGAAGGGGUGAAGGCGUUCUGUGGUUACAUGUUUAGCAAGAAACAGAAGGUCACCGUGCCCGCCUCUGUCAAGCUGGCUGUCAACAGGAUAAUCGACAAGUUUGAUUUUACCAACUUCUAUGAAUUUGCAAGUAUGCUGAACGUUGACCCUACAUCUAUUGAUCACGAGUUUGUUGUUGAAGAGGCCGAUGAGAUGACUAAAGUUUGUGUGAAUAUUCUUUGCCAGUGGAUAAAAGAAUCAAGAGACAGCAAUGGUGACAAGCUGUAUGGUUUAGUAAACGAGUAUGAACAGGAGCGGUACCUAGAAAUGAAAAAUGAUUACAAAAAAGGAACACUUGGACGUGCAAAAUCGCGCCCUAGAAUACACAGCAAGCCUGAUACAUCCUUGUCGAAGUGUCUGGAAGGAGGAAUUGAUGAGCGAAGCAUAAUAAAGAAGAGUGCGGACCCCGACAAACCAUCCCAGUUCAUGCACUUCCUGGAGUCCAUGAGGUACCAAGUAGCUACGGAGCAUAAGUUGUCUGACAUUCGCAGACUUGUGGAAGACAUUCACGGGGUAGUCUGUGGUGACACAGACUCCGUGAGUAGCCCUAACGGCUCAAUCACUGUACCUAAGUCAGUAUUUUCAGAUCAGCAGUAGUCCAUAUGGUAUUUGGCCGUACAAACACGAUAUCCUUUGUUUCUGUGUUACCUUACGGUAAAGAUGUGUUGAUGUAAUCACAACAAAAUUCAUGUAGUAUUUACUUUUAGUAACACAGAAGUGCGCAUCCCUCCCUGUCAGUUUUCUAGCUUUAAAAUAUAAUUUAUACAUGUAUCAGAAUGAGAAUAAAUGUUUUGUUCCUUAUGUAUCAUUAUGAAUAAAAGGAUUGGACUGUCCUCAACAACAUUCAAAAAUAUAUUUCAUAUAUUUGUGCUAUAUUUCAGUUUGUAACGGAUUUAUUUCUUUUGUGAAUUUGAAUAAAUGUAAACGAUG